AUGGCGUCGCCCAUGCCACUGCGUUCCGCUGCAACUCCUGCUAAGCACAGACCAAAGGAGGACGUCCACGUUGACGAAGUGGCUCGGACAAUUUCACAGCGAACUUCAAAAGUUAAUAGAGGCCCGGAAAAAAGUAGUCUACACAGUAGCCUACCCGACGGUUUACUACCUCAAUCAUCCCUUCGCCGUGCCAAUGCAAAACCUCAUCCGACAGGACUUGUGACCGUCAAUCCUGCUCCAAAGCCCCGAGACACUCUAGAUACGAUGCGAGGGAAAGGUGGCAUCGCCACCAAGUCCGCAGCCACGACUGCUCCACCAGACCCGAACGAAUUUGCCUUCCAUGCUCUCCUUUCCUCUCUUGGCCCCGAAGCCGACGAAGCCCUCGAUAAGAUGGCAGAGAUUUGUGGGAACAGCAAGAUGAGCUUGGCCAACUCACAUGACGCUCACUUGCCUCCUCUCGGAGGCGACACUAUCCUGCAUCAUGUACACCAUGAACCUGAAGAGAUUGGGGACAGUGGAGUGCAGACUCGAUCUGUAGCCAGACGGCUCGAACGAGAAAGAGCGGAAAGUACGGUCUUAGAGGAGCGAAUUAACGUUGCGCAAAGAAAAGAGCAGAAGCAUGAUAUCAAUGACGAGACAAACAAGGGUCUGAUAGCUCAAGUCCUGGGAUGGCUACGGGGCUCGAAGGCCUCAACAGAGCCAACCGGCGUAGAGAAUGAUUUGAGAAGUAUUUUACGUGUGGAACAAGGAAGUUGUGCAGAUGGAUGA